AUGGGUUCCUUAGGCCCUUCACACCACAUUAUCGUCGCCGGCGCGGGCAUCGCAGGCAUCGCUUGCGCCCUCGCUCUAUCACAAGAACUCACCCCCUACGUGCCAGGUUUGAAAAUCACGAUAUUCGAGCGCCAUGACAUUCUGUCUACGUCGGGCGGCGCCAUCAACCUCACACCCGUGGCACAACGCCAUCUGGCACACCUCGGGAUCUUGGAUGAACUGGACCGGAUGGGCCCCGAGGGUGGAGCAGAGGUGGAUGCAAUCGAGCUUUAUUCAAUGCGUUCCGGCCGCUCGAUCGGCUCGAUUGACUUCGUCGAUCAUCGAGGCAAUGGCUAUGGGGGAUACAAAGGUCGACGAGUGAUGCGGAUUGUGCUGUCGGUGGCCCUGGUGACCAUGGUCGAGCGGACACCCAACGUGGACAUCAUUUUUGGCAAGAAGGUCGUCGGCGGAGAAGAAUCGGAGAACCAUGCCGUGGUACGAUUUGCCGAUGGCACCAAAGCCGUUGGUGAUUUGGUCAUUGGCUGCGAUGGUGUUCAUUCAGCGGUCCGUAGCCUGUGGAUUGACCCGGACACUCCUUCUCAAUACACAGGCAUAUCAUUCCUGCAAGCCACCAUUCCUUCCAAGGAUAUCUCAUCACCUGUUCACUUCAACUCAUCGGCCCUGAAUGUUUCACGGCAUGGGUCGAUGUUGACAAGUUUCUGUGAUCGCGAUCGCGAACAGAUCUUUGCCGCCGCUAUCGUGCAAUUCAGUGAGGAGAAUCUGAAAGAUUAUCGGCUCGAAGCGGGCCAGGACUGGGCAACGCAACAUCGAAUCAAGGUCGCUCUGCGCAACGAACUGCAAGAUCGGUUUAGAAAAUGCUCGAUACCCUGUAUUCGAGAAAUGGUGAACAGCAAGGCUGAUUGGAUGCUCUACCCUGUUUAUCAAGUCCGCCCGGGAGGACGCUGGUGCACGAACCGAGUGAUCUUGUUGGGGGAUGCAGCCCAUGCAAUGCCUCCCCGAGACGAGUCGGCCGCAUACGCUCUGGAUGACGCUAUUCUUUUUGCUCGAAUUCUAGCUCAGUAUCGCUCGGAGCCACUAGCCGUGGUAUUCGAAACGUAUGAGCGCCUUCGUCGGGAUACAAUCAGCCAUGCGUUCAAAGCGUCCCAACGAAUGUGGGAGCGAAAUCGAGAUAUGAGUAUGCUGGAGGGUCGGCUCAAGGAGUGGAUGAUGCCCUUUUCACUCCGCAGUCAUUGA